AUGCUGCCAGCUUUGAUAUCAAGUAUCCGAAACAACGACCUGGGCUCUCCCAAUAAACACAGACCUUCUGAUUCCUCGCGAUUAGAUGCUACCAUAAUCCUCCCAUGGUCAAAUGCAUUGCGAUCAUUGCCAUCUAUCAAAACAAUCUUCGACACAUCAGAAGAUGUUAUCAAGGUCGUCAAAAAGCUCUCUAGAGCCAGUCCUCUGCGUCACCUCAAGUUUACUGUCGUCAAUCAGACUUCCGGCGCUACAAAAACCAUCGAGAGCAUUGCCCUCAGCAUGCGCAGCCAGCGAUAUUCUUACCAUCUGGGUCGUUUUAUGAUACCUGCAAAACAUGGUCAUCGACUUGGAAUGCAUCUACGUUGUCUUGCUGAAAGCGCUGCCUCUCCUCCUUCCAAUCUGACUAGUGCCCAGCACUUGUGGCUGUUGCGUGGAGCAUUAUCUCUGCUUGCUGCUGACGUGAACAAGUCUUCGAACUCUGGCUCGGAAUCCCUAGUGUCUCUCCCAUCUCCUCAUAUUUAUCGUCAGGAAAACGGUCAGUUGACGUGCCGAGUUCCUCUUUGGGGCCAUGGCAAAGCCACUGAGACCAGCAGAGCUGGCCAAGACCUAUGGGAUGCACACUGGGAGCUUGAUGUUGCCACAAUAUUGAGAUGUCGACCUGUUCAACCAUUGUAUACUGCAUAUGUGAAAUGGACUCAGCUCGACGACCAACAAUCUGCUGACACCCAGCUGAACGACAAGGACCUUCUCCAUGUCCAUAAUGUGGCCAAGCAAGCCGCAUUGAUUGGAGGAUGUUGGAUUGGAUGGCCUGAACAGUGUAUCGCAGCCGCAUCUGAGGCCUGCACGGCCAGCCGCACGGUAUCACUGCGAAAUUCCCCAUUGUGUAAUUUCCAAAAAGUUUUCGAGCGUGGAGUUGUGCUAUUAGAGCCAGGUGCGUGGCUUCGAAACCGCGCUGAGGUCAAAUUUUCCGAUAUCAGAUUGAACGGUCCUACCACCGAGGAGAUCUUCUGGGUCAUCGACGCAAUCCUCCAAGGCCUCAAUCACGGUCUUUCGAUACACGACGCAUGGUUGGAAGGUGCUGCAAUGUCGGUCACUCUUCGAGAGAUGUAUUUGGAGGGACGCGGUAUCUGGCCAGUCACGUCAUGCGAUCAUCCUGUUUACGCGAAUGCUCUGCACGUUUGUCCUGGCUGUUGGGUCCUCCGAGUCUGCAGUGAUUUUGUUGAAUCACCUAACCAUCCCAAUCCAAUAUGCAAGAAGUGCGACAGCAAUGGCCCUCAGCUGAACUUGACAAUGCCUCUGGAUCUCACACCCUAUCUACGUUGGCGGGCGACUGUAACAUUUCGCAAUGAGAGCAAAACCCACAAGCUAGGAUGGAACCAGGCAGAAAUCAAAGCGAAAGUCGACACUUUAAUGGUCAACUUGCAACCCUUUUUUGUUGAUGAUACCAGAGACACGAUUCGUGAUGCUUUCAUAGACAUGGACUUGAAGCAGGAUAUCCGUCCAGUUCAUCUAACAGAAGACGGGAUGCGGCGCCAUCCAUUGACUCCCUCCAUCGAUGCAUUUACUGCGGUAUACCCCGGCGCCGAUGGCAGAACUGCCUAUCAUCACGAAGCCAAUAUCGUUCCUACUUCUGACGCCAUCAACCACCUCAUGGGUGUAUACGAGAAACCACUCUUGCGGGCUUUCUCGGCCAUGGUACUUGCUACUGAGGACACUCCAAGUGAUCGUCGACUUUAUGAACGAGCUCUGCAGUUCUGGCGAGACUGUCAUAAAAACAGCUAUGAGAUGGGAUCGUUCUUGUCCCGCCUAUUGUCUCAUAGAAUUAACAAACCUGUGCCUGCAAAUAUGCCUGCCAUCAUGGAAGCUUUGCGUACCGGAAAGCCACUCUUGCCAAGAACGACGAGUUUGAGCACCGUCUAUCGGGUCACAAUAGAAGGGCAGAAAGUCUACCUUCCAGCUGGCUGGAAAUUCCCAGAUUACUCUUACAUCAUGGACAGUAUCCACUCCGCUGCUCGGGAGCAUGGCCUUGAUAGUCCAGAGUUGAGAGUUUUGUGGUUACGGAAUGGCACCUUUUGUCCGUUCGCUUUGGACUGUGUUUUACCCGAGGAUUACAACGACGGCACAAUCUGGAAUAUUUUCUAUGUUCGAUUUGAUCGCAUGCGAAAGGACUGUGACUGGCGCGAGGUGGGAAAUCCGCACCGUGAGAGGGCCGAGAUAGGUGAGCUCAUGAUUGCAGUUGCGCAUUUGUGGUUUCGAAACAUUAAGCGAGAUCUCCAGCUCGGAAUACCUGUCGAUCGUUGUGGUCGUGAUGAGCUUGGCUUGAUCCCUCAUGCUACCAUCCGGUCACUCCUUUCGGCUUCCGUUGGGCAUCGUCAUCACGCAAAGCCAAUGACGCUCGGCAUUUCAAAUUGGGAUCCUGCGGGCGGCACGGCUUGCUCUUUCGACUACGACAAGUGCAAUAUAUGCUGGGAAACAUGUGCCUGCAAUUGGAUAAAGUUUUGUUGGAACGAGAAGUAUUAUCCUCUCAUCUUCAAUCUGCUGCCGAAUGUGCGCAAGGAACCACUUCCGGGCAUUGACCCCAAAUUCCAUCUGGUUGAGCUUCCAGAUCAACCGUUGCAGACCGAGUUUUUGCCAUGUCUGGUGCCUGUUGAGAUGACGGAAGAUGACGCCGAGGAGUAUUCGGUCCCUACAGAUACCGAGCCAGCAUCCGUUACAGUGCACGAGGAUAAACCCUCAAAGGUUGAACGCUCUAAGCUCGGCAAACAUAUUGAACUCCUUGAGGAUGUCAACGUCGAGAAUCCAGGAUUCGUAACAGGUUACGUUGACUUGCGUGACUACGCACUAGACGAACGUGAUCAGCAACGAAUUAUCGCCGAUAUUGAAGCCGCGCCGGUGGCACAGUCUCUGGACGUGCAAGCUUUUGAAGCAUUGACGGAGGACGCGAUUGCUCGUAUUGACCCAGAAUCUCCUGGAAGAAGCGGAUUUUCUCUUGUCUUGGACUUGCUUCGAAAGUAUUAUGGGAGCGAUCGCUCCGCGACGUUCGCCGACCUCGCAAAUCGUUUACUACAGCACAUCGGCAUGCACCAAGCCUUCGAUGUUGCAAUCAGUUCGCGCGAUGAGCUUAUGGAUACUAUCACUUCUGCCAUGUCUUCCGCGGAAGGUGCAGAGACUACUAUUCCAUUGACACCUCGCCGCUCAAAAGGCCACCCUGCUCCGGAAGCUGAACUACCCUCUCGAAUUCCCAAAGAUGUCGGCUCUGCCAAGCGCGUUGUUGUGAAAGAUGAGGCCUACAGUGGCUCACCGACAAAAUCGGGACGCAAAAAGACUCUCCUCUCAUCCCCUCGAGCUGUGUCUCGCCUGGGUAUGCAUGGCUUUGCUCAGCCGGCAUCACCCCGUAUUCCCAGUCUUGCUCCAAGACUGCUGUUCCCGCCUGCUUCACAUGCGCCAGGUGGUCAAAAUAGUCCACGACAAUACUCUCAUGAGGGUAAUGACGAAGAUGAAAGCCGGCGCGGCCAACAGCAACAGCAGGGUGACGAGCCAACCGACAAUCGUGAUCCCGUGUAG